UUGCCAUCAAGCUUUGCUAGCUCACCAUGUCUGUGCAGAGCUCACACUCAGGCGGGUGUGAGGCUCUCUCCAGUGAGUGCCAGAUGGACGAUGAGCAGCUGGGCUGCCAUGAUGAGAAGGAGAGACAGAGAGACAAGCUGCCACCCAUCCUGUGUGCAGCCAGUGCAGCCUCUGGGGGGAUGGAAAGAGGAGCUAAAGGCCAGUUUGCCUCGUUCAGCAGUUUCAUUUCAACAAUAAACCAGAAAAAAGAAGCAUCCGGGAACAGAAGCUCACCUACACAACUUGUUAUACCCAACAACAAAAAUGUACGAGACCUUCCUCCAAUUUGCCUUGAUGUCCGACAAAAACAGCGCAUCUCGAUUGAUACGUUGCCACCUGAGAUGAAAGCUUCCAUUCUUCCUGAACCGACGAAUCCUAUACGUAGCCGAACGCUAAAAGACUUCCAGACAGAUUUGGAUAAAGCGAAAUCAACAGGAGAAUGGAAAGCCGUGCAUGAUUUUUAUUUAACGACGUUUGAUUCAUUCGUGGAAUUAAACACUGCUUUUAAGAGAGAUGUAAAUGCUUCUGUUAACACCAUUGAAGAUUCCAGAAUCAAUACGAAAUUUCUGAACGCUGUUUAUGAUGCAUUAUUAAACACUGCUCAAGAUAUCCAGAAAACCGUACUUAAAGGAAUUAUUAACAGUCUCUUAAGAGAAUGGAAAGGACCCAGAACAAAAGAUGACCUCAGAGCCUACUUUAUUUUAACACAGAAUCCACAAUUCAGCAGUACGACAACCUAUGUUAUUUUUGCUCAUUUACUCAGGCAGAUCGCUACGCUUACCGAUACAGAUCACCAUUUACUAAUUCACUGGUUUAAAAAGAUGGCACAGAAGAGGUUCAAGCAGUUGGUUGACAGACUUCUGCAGUUUAUCUCUUUACGGCUGUUUCCUGCAAAACCAGAAGACUUUCCACCUUUGGCAAAAUGCAUUUGGUGGAUUCCAUCAGCAACCAAAGUUCUGGCAUUACUAAAUGCUGCAAACACUCUCUGUAAUCCACCUUUAAUUGCUUACACGGAUUUCUACAAUUCCACUUUGGAUCAUAUUGAUCUCAUGGAAGAAUAUCAAACCUGGCAAUUUUAUGGAAACUCUCACAGAUUCUCAUUUUGUCAGUUUCCCUUCAUCAUAUCCAUUGCUGCAAAAAAAGUAAUCAUUCAAAAGGAUUCAGAACAGCAGAUGAUCAGCAUUGCACGGCAAAGCCUUGUGGAUAAAGUGUCUCGAAGGCAAAAACCCGACAUGAAUAUGUUAUUUCUCAACAUUAAAGUCCGAAGGCUGCAGCUGGUCAGCGAUUCGCUUGAUGAGCUUACAAGGAAAAGAACAGAUCUGAAAAAAAAGUUGAAGGUGACAUUCGUAGGUGAAGCUGGUCUCGACAUGGGGGGUCUGACAAAGGAAUGGUUUCUUCUCCUCAUCAGACAAAUUUUCCAUCCGGACUACGGUAUGUUUACGUACCACAAGGACUCAAACUUCCAUUGGUUUAGCAGCUUUAAAUGUGACAACUAUUCAGAGUUUCGGCUGGUUGGAACUUUGAUGGGGCUCGCUGUAUACAAUAGCAUCACGUUGGAUAUUCGCUUCCCACCAUGCUGUUAUAAGAAGCUGUUGAGCCCACCGAUCGUUCCUUGUGACCAGAACAUCCCUGUAGGAAUUGGAUCUGUCACCUUAGACGAUCUCUAUCAAAUCAUGCCUGAGCUUGCACAUGGACUAAAUGAACUUCUGACUUAUGAAGGCAACGUGGAAGAAGACUUUUAUUCAACUUUUCAGGUAUUUCAAGAAGAAUUUGGGCUGAUUAAAUCAUACAACCUAAAACCAGGAGGUGAUAAAAUUCCAGUGACCAAUCAGAAUAGAAAAGAAUACGUGCAACUUUAUGUGGACUUCCUCCUCAAUAAAUCAAUAUACAAACAGUUCUCAGCAUUUUACUAUGGGUUCCACAGUGUUUGUUCAUCAAAUGCAUUAAUGCUACUGCGCCCUGAAGAAGUGGAGAUUCUUGUUUGUGGAAGUCCUGAGUUAGAUAUGCUCGCACUCCAGAAGAACACCCAGUAUGAUGGCUAUUUGAAAACGGACCUCACUGUAAGACACUUUUGGGAUGUGGUCCUAGGAUUUCCUCUUGAGCUUCAGAAGAAGUUACUACAUUUUGCUACAGGAAGUGACAGAGUACCGGUGGGUGGAAUGGCAGAUUUAAACUUCAAGCUUUCCAAGACUGAAACAUCCACUAACUGGUUGCCAACAGCACACACCUGUUUUAAUCAGCUCUGUCUACCUCCUUACAAAACAAAGAAAGAAUUAAAGCAGAAAUUGACAAUAGCGAUUUCCAACGCGGAAGGUUUUGGGCUGCAGUAAAAUGACACCAAAAGUUAGCGUUAUAAACAUGACAUGUAUGUUUUUUCUCGAUUCAGGGCAAAAAAAAGAGCAGUGCCAUUGAGUUGGCCAUUAAAUGUGGACAGGUGGUUUAAAGCAAGCAUAUUAAAUGACCGCAUACCUGCAGGUUAUAUUUUGGCGACUGCACUGAGACAAGGUCGUUUGGUGACCACACUGCUUAUUGACUGCGCUGAAGUGCAACCUCAGUGUAACGUACUGCAAGCCAAACUGACAUCGAGUGGGUUAAUGCCACUGUAAAUACAGCAUCCUAUUCUGCUGGGAUUUAAAUAGAUUUAGUGGUGAUUUUUAGCUGCGGACAAUUACAUUUUAUACAGGUGUACCUAGCAAGUGCUUUCUAAUAAUGUCACAGAUUUACUAUGCUUUACAAAUAUUAAGUAAAGCCAAUAUAUUUAUUAUUAGCUGUAAAUUAAUAGGACAUUUUUUAGCUUGUUGUACUUCACUGUAACGGAGAGCAUAGUAUUAAUAAUAUAUCCGAAAUCAAAUUUUUCUAAGCCCUUUAAACAAAUAUGUAAAAUUGGGGAUCAAAAUCUCCACUAGCCAUUGACGAGUAUAAAUUUAGUUCUGGCAAGUAAAAAAUGCACCCCUGGUGUGUGUGCCAUGGCUUGCCGUGGCCAAGAACAUUUAGGGCCUGGCUAGUAGCGUAGGACUUAAAAUGUUGAACCCUGUAUAUAACCUAAUCUGCAAAGAGGUUACAAGAUGUAUCACUGCAUUCUAAUUUAUAUCUGGUUUAUUAUAAUACAUGAUUUUUAUUUUUUUAUCAUCAUGUCUGAGUUUACAAAAUGUAAUUAGAGUAACCAUGUGCCAUUUUGUUCAAGUUACGCUAGUGGAAUAGUCUCAGAAUCCCAGCACUUACACAGUCUUGUCUCAAAAGGUAUUUCACGAGGUGGAAAGUAACAUGCAGACAGAGUUGUGUAUGUACAUAUGCAGUAAUAGAUUCUAUUACUGUAUACAGAGGUACGUCAUUACGUCAGUGUGUGCUUGUAUUGUAUGCGCAAAUGUAUAUGUGCUUAAAAGACCACUAUAGUGCCAGGAAAAUAAACUAGUUUACUCGUUUAGUGUCAAUAGGUCCCUCCCACCCUCAGGGUCCCCCUCCCACCAGGCUCAAGAGGGGUUAAGGGGUUAAAACACUUGCCUUUCUCCAGCACCGGGCUCCCUCGGCGCUGGGGAAAUCUCCUCCCUCUUCCGACGUCAGCGCUGAAUGCGCAUGCAUGGCAAGAGCCGCGCGUGCAUUCAAUCAGUCCAUUGGACGGCAGCGUCUUCUCACUGUGAUUUUCACAGUGAGAAUCGCGGAAGCGCCUCUAGCGUAUGUCAAUGAGACAGCCACUAGAGGCUGGAUUAACCCUAAUGUAAACAUAGCAGUUUCUCUGAUAGCUGGAUUAACCCUAAAUGGACCUGGCACCCAGACCACUUCAUUGAGCUGAAGUGAUCCUUUAAGUGUAUAUAUACAUUUCUGCAUGCACACACAUUAAACUGUCAGAACUUAAACUUUUUUUUUAAUAUAAAAACAUUCCCAGUUUUAUUUUAGCAAUAAACCUUCAUGCAGGAAUGUAGGAUCCAUUAUUGCAUUUAAAUUUUUCCUAAUUUUCGUACAUUUCAUAUUUAUGGACUUUUUC